CGCCGCCCCGAGCUGAGUCUCCCGGCGGCGGGCGGCGGGGACCGGGCGCGGCGGCGGCUUCGGCGGGAGCAGCAUGGAUUGGGGCACCGAGUUGUGGGAUCAGUUUGAGGUGCUCGAGCGGCACACGCAGUGGGGGCUGGACCUGUUGGACAGAUAUGUGAAGUUCGUGAAAGAGCGGACCGAGGUGGAGCAGGCUUAUGCAAAGCAACUGAGGAGCCUGGUGAAAAAAUACCUGCCCAAGAGGCCUGCCAAAGAUGACCCGGAAUCCAAGUUCAGCCAGCAACAGUCCUUCGUGCAGAUUCUCCAGGAGGUGAAUGACUUUGCGGGCCAGCGGGAGCUGGUGGCCGAGAACCUCAGCGUCCGCGUGUGUCUUGAGCUGGCCAAGUAUUCACAGGAGAUGAAACACGAGAGGAAGAUGCACUUUCAGGAAGGCCGUCGGGCCCAGCAGCAGCUGGAAAGUGGCUUCAAACAGCUGGAGAAUAGUAAGCGCAAAUUUGAGCGUGACUGUCGAGAGGCUGAAAAGGCAGCCCAGACUGCUGAGCGACUCGAUCAGGAUAUCAAUGCCACCAAGGCUGAUGUGGAGAAGGCCAAGCAACAAGCCCACCUUCGAAGUCACAUGGCAGAAGAAAGCAAAAAUGAGUACGCAGCCCAACUACAGCGCUUCAACCGCGACCAGGCCCACUUCUAUUUUUCCCAGAUGCCCCAGAUAUUCGACAAGCUUCAGGACAUGGAUGAGCGUCGGGCCACCCACCUGGGGGCUGGGUAUGGGCUCCUGUCAGAGGCCGAGCUGCAGGUGGUACCCAUCAUUGCCAAGUGUCUAGAGGGCAUGAAGGUGGCUGCGGAUGCCGUAGACGCCAAGAAUGACUCCCAGGUCCUAAUUGAGCUGCACAAGUCAGGCUUUGCCCGCCCGGGUGACGUGGAAUUCGAAGACUUCAGCCAGCCCAUGAACCGCGUGCCCUCAGACAGCAGCCUGGGCACCCCCUCUGAUGGACGGCCUGAGCUCCGAGGCCCGGGCCGUAGCCGUGCCAAGCGCUGGCCCUUCAGCAAGAAGAACAAGCCACGCCCUCCACCCUUCUCCCCCCUGGGGGGCCCCCUGCCCUCGGCAUUGCCUAAUGGACCCCCAUCCCCCCGCUCCGGCCUCGACCCCUUGGCCAUACUGAGUGAGAUCAGUAAGUCGGUCAAACCGCGGCUAGCAUCCUUCCGCAGCCUUCGAGGCAGCCGUGGGACAGUGGUGACAGAGGAUUUCAGCCACUUGCCCCCAGAGCAGCAAAGAAAGCGACUUCAGCAACAGCUUGAAGAACGGAGCCGUGAACUACAAAAGGAGCUUGACCAGAGGGGGGGGGGGGGGGGGGGGGGGGGGGGGGGGGGUGCUCCAGCUGUGUCUCAUCACAGCCUUGGGUGUGCAUGGGUGAUCUCAGGGAACCUCCAGGCCCAGAGUGGGCCGACCCCGGAGGAGCCCUGCCCUGGGAUUGACUUCGUGGCUCCCUCCUCUCAGGCUUGGCUGGCAGAGGCAGAGAGCCGAGUCCUGAGCAAUCGGGGAGACAGCUUGGGCCGCCACACCCGGCCUCCAGACCCCCCAGCCAGCGCCCCACCAGACAGCAGCAACAGCAACAACAGAUCACAGGAUAACAAGGAGAGCUCUGAAGAGCCCCUCUCAGAGGAGGGUCAGGAUGCCCCCAUCUACACGGAAUUUGAUGAGGAUUUUGAGGAGGAACCAGCAUCCCCCAUAGGUCACUGUGUGGCCAUCUACCACUUUGAAGGGUCCAGUGAGGGCACCAUCUCCAUGGCCGAGGGUGAAGACCUCAGUCUCAUGGAGGAGGACAAAGGCGACGGCUGGACCCGGGUCAGGCGGAAACAGGGAGGUGAGGGCUACGUGCCCACCUCCUACCUCCGCGUCACGCUCAACUGAACCCUGCCACAGGCGGGAAGAAGGGGGCUGUUGGCUGCUGCUUCUGGGCCACGGGGCGCCCCAGGACCUACGCACUUUAUUUCUGCCCCCGU